CAGCGCUCCUCGCCGCCCGUCGCGGCCGUGCUGGCCGCGGUCCCGACCUGCCUUGUGAUGGAGUUCGUGCCCGGCGUCUCGCUGAAGGGGCUCGCCAUCACCGCCCUCUUCGACCCGCCCGCCGCCGCGGCGCGCUGCGAGCGCGUGUUUGGCCCUCGAGGCGAGCUCUCGCCGUCUGGCCGCGAGCAGCUGCAGAUGCUCGGGCGCACGCUCGCCUUUGACAUCCUGAUUCACAACUACGACCGGCUGCCCUGCAUCUGGGGCAACGACGGCAACUCUGAGAACGUGAUGAUCGACGCCGAGGACCGGGUCGUGGCCAUCGACUCCAUGAUGAGCGCGUUCGACCCGCACGAGCCGCGCUCUGCGCCCCUCUUUGGCGAGUACAAGCGCAAGGUGGCCGCGCUCGUGGGGGAGGUGUGCGCCUCGCCGCGCGCGCCGCAUGCCGCUUUUGCCCCCCUGCGGCGGCUGCUGCUGCACGGCAGCGGCGACGAGUCCAGCGAGGCGUACUGCCCCCCCCUCGACUACGACAUUGGCGUGGCGGGCGUGCUGGAGGUGCAGCAGGGCUUCAGCGCCGCCAUCGCCGACAUCGCCGCCCUGCCGCCCACGGCGUUCGCCGACCUGCCCGAGCUGCUGCACCUCUUCCUCGGAGGGCCGGGCGGGGGCGACACGCGGUGCAACCCGGCCUUCGUCGGCAGCAUCGCCGCCAUCUUCCGACGCGCGACCGCCCCGCAGGCGCGCGCGCAGGCCAAGUUCGGGCUGCACGCGCGCGGG